CCUGAUAACACGAUAAGCUGUCCACUGUAGUAACUGCUGUCCCUGAAAGGGUAAAUAUGUAAAAGUGAAAUGAACGGCUUCUAAUCGUUGCGUUUCACAAAGUUCAACACAUCUUGAAAACAGCAAAUUUUGAAGAACACAUUUUCCUCAUUCUAGACAUACUGAUCAAAACACAUUCUUCCUAUCCGGUUAAUAAUUGACAAUAUUGACUUGAUCCCUUUUCUAUCAAGUAGAUGAGUUAUGCGCUUGUAUUCUCAGUGUUCUUUUGCCAUCCCUUCAUCCAUGACUCGCUUUUCUGCUCGUCAGGGUCACGGUGAACUGGAGCCCAUCCCAGAUGACUUUGAGCAAGAGGCAGCGUACUCUCAAUCUCAGGGUCCAUUAGAGACAAGCAAUCAUUCAGACUCAUAUUCACUCCUAAUGGCAAAUCAGAGUCUUCAAACAAUUACACAAACGAUUUUUUUUUUUUUAAUCCUGUGGGGUUUGCUGAGUACACGGCCACGUGGGCACAGUGAUUGAUAAUGUCAGAAGAAGGUGGGACACCAGUCCAAGACAACACCGCAAUAAAAACAAACUCUCAGGAUCUCCUUCACAGAGCUGGAAGUCUCCAUGCAUGUGGGAGAUGUUCCUGUAUAUCCUGGGUCUGCUGCUUCUGUGGUUUGCCCACAGGUGGUUCAAGGAAUCCAAACGUGUGUCAAACAAGGGAGAUAAACAUGUCUAUAUCACCGGCUGCGAUACUGGUUUUGGGCAUCUACUGGCCAAGCAUCUGGAUGAGCUGGGCUUCCGUGUGAUCGCUGGCUGUUACACCGAGAUAGGCGAAAAUGAGCUGAAGAAGGCCUCCUCUGAUAGAUUGACGACUCUUCAUUUGGAUGUCAGUGACUCUGUUAGCGUUGGACAAGCCGCGGCUCUCAUCAAAACUCUUGUAGGGGAGAAAGGACUGUGGGCCGUUGUGAACAAUGCGGGCAUCUCUGUGCCAGGAGCCCCCACAGACUGGCUCACCGUUGAGGACUACAAGGGCUUGCUGGCCAUCAAUCUGGUGGGAGUAAUUGACGUGACCCUGAGUGUCCUCCCUCUCAUCAAGAAGGCUCGAGGCAGGGUGGUGAAUGUGUCCAGUGUGUUCGGAAGGAUCAGCCUGUUCGGCGGUCCGUACAGUGUGUCCAAAUACGGCGUGGAGGCCUUCACUAAUUGCCUGCGUGUGAACUUGGCACCAUUUGGAGUCAAAGUGCUGUGCAUCGAGCCUGGCUGCUUCAAAACAAACGUCACCGACCCGCAGAUCUGGGCCAAAAGCGUAAAGGAGAUCUGGGAUAGAUUGCCACAGGAUGUAAAAGAUGACUACGGACCAGACUAUCUGGACAACACUGCUCUGUGUGUGCUCUCCGUUGUAGUCCUCCAAGCCGUCAAUGCACGACUUAAACUCCUAUCGGAUAGCGACCUGAUGAAGGUGGUCGGCUGCAUGGAGCACGCCAUCGCCGCCGUCUAUCCUCGUACACGUUAUUCGCCCGGAUGGGACGCCAAGCUCAUCUGGCUGCCUCUGUCCUACAUGCCCUCUUUUGUCACUGAUGCCCUCUUCCUCAAAUUCAUUCCCAAGAUUAAAGCGUCUGUGUACUAAAAUCCAACGGGGAUUGUUCUUUGGUGUUGCCAUAGUCAUCGUACUUAGAAAUGUUGAUGUCAUAUUAUCUUUUGUCAUUAGUGUUUGGUGACAGUGAAUUUGUAUAGCAGUUUUUCAAAAUUUGGGACCCUUGUGGUGGGUUUGGGGCUUUCCAAACCCCUAUUUAUGGCAUCUUUACUUUGUUUGGGAGACCCUGGAAUAUGCAUGGAACCAUGUAAUUAUCUGCUUUGCUGUCCAGAGCAUUAAAAGCACCCACCCGACCACCAGAGGUUAACAAAUACCACACUGCAUACAACAAAGUGAGAAUAGGAGGCUUCGGAAAGGUACCGGUAGUACUGCAACGAAACAGGUUUUGCGGUCAACCAAACAAGUCAAAUAUUUUUUCUACUACAUUACUGCCUUGCACUACGGUGUGUCAUUUCUGCACAGUAGGACAGAGAUGUGCUUGAUAAUGUGAGAAGAAAGUGGAAUUCUAGUCAAAGACAAUAGCCCAAUAAAACAAGUUUACAUUUAUGUUGUACGAUCUCUCAAAGCCAUCAUUUUAUUCAUUUGUAAAUUGUGUUCAGUUAAACUGUGGAUAAUUGUAAAAACUGACCGAAAAAAAUGGAUUUUGAUUCUGCCUUCUAUAUAUAGUUCUACAAGAGGGCAGCUAUUUCAUUUUGGUCCAAUCCUGCGUAAUAUUCAUUUGUAUUCCACUGCGCUCACAACAUAUAUAUAAAAAUCACAUUUACACAAUUUUCCAUCUGAACACAGAACCUUUCGACUGUGAGGCAGACGCGCAUACCACUAGAACAGCAGCGGGGUUAAGCGCAUUUAUUUACUGUAUUCAUUACAGUAUCAGAAAAUCUCCAGUAGGGGUCGCCACUUCCAUUGUAAUCUGCAAAUUUACCCGGAAAACAGUAUGUAAAUUAACAAAUGUGGGAAGAAAACGCUCGUUAGCAAGUUUGCUUUUCUACACUCACCCAAUGUCACUCAUUUAAUCUGUGCGUUCAUUCAGUGGAGCUCGCCUCUACCUUUUUAUGAGCCUCUGACGGGAAAUUUGCACGUGAGUUCCAAAAGCCCCAUUGGGAACGUUUACGUUCGGUUGAAUUUUAAUUGUGCUCACGGUUUUUACUCAUCGUGGUGCUGUUAAGGUCUAUUGACUGAGCACGUAAUAUCUAAAUUUGUAAGCGAGUGAAGCAUCGUUUAUAGUAUUAUGGUGAUUUGUUUAUCAACUUGUUGAACUUGUUUUUUGUUUCAUUUUAAUGAUGAGCCACAUAUAUAGUUGUCCUCUGCGGGACGUACCAGACAUGUGGCCAUGAGUUCACCUUGAAUAGAUCUAUCUUAGCGAAUUUAUGACUAUUACAGUACCUCUUAAAGCAGAACGUUUAACGCUGACUCAUAUGUCAUGCGAUUCUCCUGUUAGAAAGUCCAAAUUGUUUGCAAGUUUGUUUACAAUGUCAAGUUAGUUUAAUAAAUGUAUUCUUUUUUUUUCCAUUU